GGUACCAAAUGUCAGAGUCAAGAUGAGGCACAGAAGAACGUGUUCACGCACACACAAACACGUCUUGUAAAAUUACAUUUUAAUCAUUUGUUGUUAAUCUUGCAUAUUUUUUUUUUUUUACAUCUCACACAUUUACAUAAGCCUUUUGUUAGAUGCUAAUUGCUUGCCUCAAUUAACCCUGAAUAAUGAUUGGCUGUGAAUGUGCAUGAAGUCGCAUUAAGAGUGCGAUCCUCAGACACGCUUUAUGCCCAGCGGCAGAGUGCGGAUCCCGCAGGCACCUUGAAGUGGACGAUACAGGGAUUAGAAGGGCACAGGGAACAGCCAAGACGCCAACACAGUUACCUCUAGUGCACUCGUCCGCUCCCUUUUACUCAAUUACAGCCACACAAUUACUGAAUAAAGAACGUUGAGCUCAUAAAAAUGCAUAGAAAGCAAACAAAUCCACCUUAACAGCAAGAAGCGGACAUAGAUGAGUUUGUUUUUUAAUUCAUUCAUCUAAAAAUAUCUAUACGGUAGUCUUGCUAUUGUAACGCUCCCUCUCUUUCUCUCACACUCUCUCGUACCGAAGCCCACCUCUCAGUUGCCCUCCCCCAAAGAGUGUCAUCAUGACACGUAGCUUUGAAAUACUCUUGACAGGCAUAGAAUUGCUCAUACUGGUGCUAAGCACUGAAGAAGCCAGACUAUUGACUAGGAAAUGUGUCAUUUUAUUGCUUUGCUCAUCUCACGUUAACAAAUGGAGUGAUGGCAGCUGAAUAUCCUUGCACUGAUGUGACUGAGGCACACAGAGGGAGUGAAAUCACCAACCUCGCCAGGGGAAAGACGGAAAAGAUUACUAUAAACGGGACAUCUUGAUCUUUUUCGCCACCUGAGGUGCUCCGCAUCAGAUUUCAGCAAGGUGACCCGCAGAUCAACUGUUUCACAUUCAGCAUCACUCUCUCAAUGCACUUGAAAAACGCUGGAUGUGUGUUCGCUUCAUCGAGACCACAGGAAGCGCACACAGUCCUAUUCAACUCUCCGAUGAUGAGUGGCUCACCUAUCCCUCGAGUAGAGGCAGCAUCAGGUGCGGAUGUUCACAGGAGCUUCAAUGACAGCGGUACUAUCGGUGAUGGCUGGAGCAUUAGUGGCAGUGGUCCCUGGCUUCUUGCAGUCAUGCUGUCCCUCAUAAUUCUGGUGACAGCUUGUGGGAACAUUUUGUUGAUCGCCUUGGUGUUUGCACAUCGGUCGCUGCGCUGCACCUCCAAUUGCUUCCUGAUGUCCCUCUUCCUAUCAGACUUGAUGGUGGCUCUGGUCGUGAUGCCCCCUGCUAUGCUCAACGUGCUGUGUGGGACCUGGGUGCUGGCGCCUGGAUUCUGCCCCGUCUGGCUUUGCUUCGACGUGAUGUGCUGUAGUGCUUCCAUCCUCAACUUGUGUGUCAUCAGUCUGGACCGCUACCUCCUCAUCAUCUCUCCGUUGCGAUACAAACAGCACAUGACCCCGCCUCGUGCCUUGCUUCUGGUGGGUGGGGCUUGGGGGUUGGCAGCCCUCACUUCCUUUCUGCCGAUCAAGAUGGACUGGCACAGCCUGGGUCGCACCCCAGACCUUGCCGAGAACGAUCCCGCCAACGCCACGGUCUCCCAGUUGAGUUCCUUCUACCCCUCUUCGUACUUCCAGCUUUCCACGUCAGGGACGCCGUCCACGCAGUGCCGCCUGCGGGUGACUCUCCCCUUCGCCCUCGUGGCGACCUUUCUCACCUUCUUCUUGCCCUCUACGGCCAUCUGUUUCACCUACUGCCGGAUCCUGCUGGCGGCCAGAAGACAGGCACGACAGGUGGAGGCUCUUACUCAUCCCGCUUACCCACAUCACUCAACCGGCGAACCAUCUCGUCCUCCUUCUCCCGGACACGCCGUGCAGGAUGGAGACGACUACAGCCAUCAGGAGCCACCCGUGUUGCGGCAAGCUCCGCUGUCGGUGAACAGUGAGCGCAGACUGGCACACAGGCAAAGGAAGAGAGCUCUGAAAGCCAGUCUUACCCUGGGAGUGCUCCUGGGUCUCUUCUUCAGUGCCUGGCUUCCCUUUUUUAUCACCAACAUGGCACAGGCGGUGUGUGAGUGUGUACCACCCUCCUUCUUCGAUGCCAUCACCUGGCUGGGCUACUGUAACAGCACCAUGAAUCCAAUUAUAUACCCAAUGUUCAUGAGGGAUUUCAAAAGGGCUUUGGCACGGCUUCUACCCUGCUGUUCUUCAUCUCAAGCCCCUCGUAGGCCAUCGCUGCCACUUUCCCUUUCUCUACGCAACUCAGGGGAGCCACAACUGCCCACUGAACCCCCCUCCCUUGUGUCCGACCCGCCUCAACUACCGGCGACGGCCACGGAUGCUGUUAACCUUCUCGACGCAGAAAACGCCGGGAUCGACCUGCCUCUACUGCUGCCCAACCAGGUUGAUACAUUAGACGAUUGACACGCCAACCGAGACAACA